UCCUCGAAACCUAUUUAACCAGUACUGCACCCAGUUCCGUUUCAUACUUGGGAUUUUUGAAAUCGGCCCGCCACAUAAUUGUCAAAAGUCCUCCAUUAACAGAAGAUUGGAAAGGGCUCAAUGGUGCGUGGUACAGACGAUUUUCGAAGGCAACGAAAAAGUUGAAUCUACCGUCGGUCGCGGAAGAGGCACAUUUUCCUAGCCCAAGUGAUAAUGAAGAACACCUCUUGACAGCUAUUUACCUGAAUCCAGAGUAUAGGCACAUUUUCCUAGUUCUCAUUAUUUGCGACAUGGAUACUCGUUUAUAUUGGGAGGAAGUAAUAGAUGAACGCAAGAAGGCAGGAAUUGUUCGGACAAAAACUAUUGAUAUAUAUCAAGUUGUAGGGGAGGAUGUUGGAGAUGAAAUUGUGGACGAGUGCCAACGAUCAUCGAAAAGACUCAAGAAGGAUAAACAAGGACAAAGUCGAUCAAGAAGCGGAGUAGAUUAUCAUGCUAGUUCAAAAGAUAAUGUUGAAUCGCAGGAUCCAGUAUCUGUAUCUGAGGAUGAUGAUUCUGAAAAAAGUGAUUUCGAUACACAGGAGGCGAUUGAUGGUCAAGAUCAAGAAGAAGUGAAGGAUGCGAUCAGUGGUGAAAAGGCGAAGAAAGUGACCAAAGUGGCAAAGGAAAACAAAGUAGGACCAUUUAGACUAAGCAAAGAAAAUCGAGAGGAAAUUGAUACAGCCUUUAAGUCAAUGGACGAACGAUGCAUGUGGAAACUUUCGACUGGAAGAUUCGUCGAAAAAGAACUAUAUAAACUAGGGCAAGAAGUGGAAUUCGAGCAUGUUAUCCACUCGUUUAUUAUAGACGUCGACGACGAACUAAUUUCAUCGCAUUUCAGUGACACAGAACUUGACGAAAUUGAUUGUGCCGCCGGCCCUCACGUACCUGAUCUUCCAGAUCAAAUCGCUGAAUUUCUAUAUGAAUUCGCUGGAAAGACUAGUUUGAAUGAGAUUCGAGAGACCAUAAAGUCAAAGAUAUUUGGUAACAAUUAUGAUCAUGAAAACCAUCAUGAUAAGGAUUAUAUAAUCUAUGCACUUUAUUCAUUAGUUCGAGAAAUUCAAGGUGGGAGCAUGAAAGACACGAAACUGGAAGCUUGGUUCAAUUGUCACAUUUGGAACGUAAUCUUUGACCAAGCUUUCGGAGAUAUUAAUGUGAUAUCUGUCGUCAGGGGCGAGAGUGCAAGUUUGGCAACAGCUUCUCGAAAAAAUAAGAAAAGAAAGUCUGGGGAGAGACGAAAAAUGGGUCGCAGGGGCGAUUGGAUCGUGAGGUCCGUCACUAAUGGUGACAAACAUGAGUUUGGUGCAGGCGAAGCUGGAAAUGUUUGGACGGAUGAUCACGGAACCAAGUUUUUUAAGGAGGCGGGUUUGAAAUUACCCAAAGUUCUUAAGGAUAUGCUGGUAAAGUUGAUGAAAAAAGUAGAUUGGAAUAGGGAAAGAUGCGCAAAAAUGCAGACGGUUGGAAUCAUCCAUGCAGGAUUGAUGAUAAUGACGGUCCAUCUUGACAAUCCACAAGGCUAUAUAUGUAGAAUUCAGCGUGGUGAAGUGAUGGAGGUGCCGGAUAAACCAGAAAAUUUUCCUUCUAUUCUAAAAAUACUAGCAUCUGUUUUGAACUUAAAGACUGUGAUUAAAGAAACAUUAAAAGUGAUACAAGCAAGUGAACAGACUAUUGAAUCGUUUAAAACAGCCGGGCGCCGAAAGAGACCUCGAGGCAUAAAUCAGCGCCAGUUAUCUGAUUGCAUGUCAACGCCGAAAAAGGGAAAAAAGGCAAAGAAUGGAAAUGCUUGUGCCGAAGUGAAUGAUGAACGACCAUAUCCAGCAUCACCAUGCCCUGGAUCACCGAGUUUUGAGCCAUUGAUUUAA